CUUUUUCUUCACUUUUUACUCAUUUUUUAUUUCUCUAAAACAAAACUAGAGAAGAAAUAACUUCAUGAUGUUGAAGUCAGGUGAAGUGAAGCCAGUCUACUAAAACUUUUAAUCCACGAAUGAAAUUUGAAAUAAAAAUACACCAAAUAAGUUAGAAUGUCAUUCUAGUAUAAAUUCACAAUUUCAUAUUCAGUCUAAUCACACUCACAAUUACACGUGUAUUCUCAACCACACUGCACCAUGGUAGAACGUAAAGCAGUUAUCAAGAAUGCUGAUAUGCAUGAAGAUAUGCAAGAGUCUGCAGUGCAUACAGCUGUUGCUGCACUUGAUAAAUAUGAAAUUGAAAAAGAUAUUGCUGCAUAUGUGAAAAAAGAAUUCGAUCGUAAAUAUAAUCCAAACUGGCAUUGUAUUGUUGGAAAACACUUUGGCAGUUAUGUAACACACGAAACCCAACACUUCAUCUACUUCUACCUUCAAGAUAGAGCCUUCUUACUCUUCAAAUCUGGUUAGACAAAAUGAAUGAAAAUUGAAAGAAAUCAAAUGAAGUCAUUAGCUUACUUUUCUGCAUGUCUACAAACAAUUUUUAGGAGCCAACACCAUUGUAAAAAUACAAAUUAUGAUUCAUAAUUUUAUACUGUAAUACUGAAACAAAAAUUUAAUAUAUUUUGUAAUUUUGUUAAAGUUCAGUGAAUAAAUUGUAUUUGCUGUUGGUUUGU